CACAUCUCUCUCUGGUGUUGGUGCUAUAGCAGAGAAGCCCACUGUUUUGUUCUCAGGAAACAAAAGAAAGAAAAACAAUAAAUACACAUAUGGUUCAGGAAAUGGAGUUCCAAAAGUACCCGACAAUGCCAGAGCUGGUGGAGGAGAUGAAGAAAAUAUCAGACAUAGGCUUUCCUAUGGCGGCCAUGAGCAUCAUGGGGUAUCUCAAAAACAUGAUAUUAGUCGUCUGCAUGGGACGGCUAGGGAGCCUGGAGCUCGCCGGAGGUGCUUUGGCGGUCAGCUUCACCAACAUCACUGGGUAUUCUGUUCUCUCUGGCCUUGCCAUGGGGAUGGAAUCCCUCUGCAGCCAAGCUUUUGGCUCAAGAAACUCAUCCUUUGCAUCUCUCACUUUACGGAGAACAAGUUUCAUGUUACUCCUUGUGUCUCUCCCCAUCGCCUUGCUCUGGUUUUAUCUUGAACCCCUAAUGCUUCGCCUGAAUCAGAACGGCGAUAUAACGCAUGUUGCCGGAGUUUACUGCCGGUAUGCCAUCCCGGAUCUUAUAGCCAACAGUCUUCUUCACCCUCUACGUAUUUAUUUACGCAGUAAAGGGGCGACAUGGCAGUUAAUGUGGAGCAGUUUAGUUUCUGUCCUUUUUUACAUUCCGGUUAUGAUCUUUUUAUCGUUCAGUCUCCGGCUAGGAGUUCCCGGAAUAGCAAUGUCCACGUCCAUAGCCAACUUCAUCACCCUCUUCUUCCUUCUUUGCUACAUGAUCUAUAUAAAUCGAGUUGCUCUGGCAAUUCCACCACAAUCUACACUGCUUACACCAAUAUUGUCACCAGCGCCACCGUUGCCGCCGUCUUCAACAAGGAAAGAGUGGGGUGUUCUCCUUCGACUGGCGAUACCAAGCUGUAUUGCGGUAUGCCUAGAAUGGUGGUGGUACGAGUUCAUGACGAUCCUUGCCGGAUAUAUGUCCAAACCCCAGGUUUCCCUCGCAACAGCAGCGAUUGUGAUACAAACAACUUCUCUCAUGUACACAUUGCCUACGGCAAUCAGCGCAGCCGUGUCAACCCGAGUAGGGAACGAGCUUGGAGGUUCCAGACCUGGGAAGGCAAAGUUGGCAGCUGGGGUGGCGAUAGGAUUAGCCUUACUGACCUCCCUGCUGGGGUUGGUCUUGACAACAGUGGGACGAGAGGCAUGGGGCAGAGUUUUCACUUCGGACACUGACGUCCUUGAGCUGACAAAGUCUGUGCUGCCGAUCAUCGGACUUUGUGAACUUGCUAACUGCGCGCAAACGACAAGUUGCGGGAUUCUGAGAGGAAGUGCUCGGCCAGGGACAGCCGCCGCCGUCAACUUCUACUCGUUUUACCUUGUGGGUGCGCCGUUUGCGGUGGUUCUGGCGUUUGUUGUGGAGCUAGGGUUUGCGGGACUGUGUUAUGGGCUGUUAGCAGCACAGAUGGCUUGUGUUGUGGCAAUGCUGACGGUGGUUUACAGGACGGAUUGGGAGAGAGAAUGGUUGAAGGCUAAAGACAUGGUGGGUAAUAAAAAUACAUUUGCACAAGAAGUGGAUCAUCCAAUAGUCAAAUUAUGUGAGGAUGGUCUCAAAGAAGUGGAUGUUUGAAAAAGUUGAAUAUAUCUAAUUAAAACCUAAAUCUCCUAAUUUGUUUGUAUUUUUUUUCUUUGUAUACAAGCAAAUUAAAUUAUUAUAGUUUAG